UUGACCAGCUGAAAAUUCCACACGCCAGAAAAAUGCCACCAUUGUUGAGCCAACAAAACUUCACAAAAGGCAGAACCCAUUUCUGAUUUCCCAUUUCUUCCCCUUUGAUCUGUUCAACUCAACUUUACCCUUAGAAUUUCUCAAGAAACAAAUACCCAUUUGAAGGAAGAGGGAAAAAAACCCAAAGAAAAAAUUUCCCAAAAUGCAUGAUUUUUGCUUCACAAUCCCUUAUGGAUUGAUUCUUGUGGCUGGAGGAGUUAUUGGGUAUUUGAAGAAAGGUAGCAUAGCAUCACUUGGUGGGGGUGUAGGCACUGGAUUGAUUCUCAUUCUUGCUGCAAAUUUGAGCCUUAAAGCUUUUGAGAAGAGAAAGAACUCAUAUUUUGCUUUGGUACUUGAGACUGUUACUGCUGCUGUGCUAACAUGGGUCAUGGGACAACGUUACUACCAAACAUCUAAGAUUAUGCCAGCCGGAAUUGUUGCCGGGAUCAGUUUUCUUAUGACUGGGUUUUACUUGUACAAAUUAGCUACCGGUGGCAACCAUAUUCCAGCCAAGGCCGAAUGACGAUGUUGAGCAUGUUGACUUUUACCAAUUUUAACAGAUCUGACAAGAUCAUUGAAGCUCAGAUGGUUGUAGUAGAAAAUUUUUAAUUGUAUCACGUAUGCUGUACUCUACUCUGAUGUGUGUAUGAAAAGGGAAAAAGACAAAAAGUUGUGUUAUUUGUGAAAGAAACCCUGGUUUGUGAUCAAAAUUGUGUUUGUGUCUAUACAAUUUUCUCAUAUUGAAGAUUAAAUUUCUUUUUGUUCUUGGAA